AUGGGAGAAAUAGUGACGGACAAGUUUGCACAGAUAGAAAACUUGACAGUAAAGGGACACGAGUGCUUACAAGAUGGCGACCUUAACACAUCGUAUUCAAGAUAUAAGGAAGCAUUAGGUCUAGCUGAAGAGAUCCAUGACGGAUUUGUCUUGAGAACGUGUCUUUUCAAUAUUGGAGCGUGUUGUGUUGCAAGAAAUGAGCCUCACAAAGGCUUGCAAUAUUUAGUUAGAGCCAUUCCUGCAGAAAGAAACUUCGAUGGUGUUUUGAACUUCAGUGACUUGAAUUAUAACAUGGGUAUAGCUUAUGAUUUAUUAAGUAAUCCCUACGAAGCAAAGGGAUGUUAUCAAACAGCUUUAAAUGGUUACAGAGCUUUCCAAGUUGGACAUGGUGGGAGAGACUUGUCUCAAACUGGGGGGCACAUUGGCUGCAGUUGGCUCACAAAGGUAGCAGUCGAUGUGUUGCAGGAGGCAGAGAGAGUGUUUCAUAAGUUAAAAGAUUACAAACAGGAAUUACUUGCAGUAAGCAGUCGUGCAACCCUACUAGCUGAGCUCCAAGAUGAUAUGUGUCAAUCUUUGCUGACAGAUCUUGUUCAUAAAGUUGACUCACUUGAUGAAGACAUCACUAAAGCUAAAGUUUACAGUGACAUUGGCCUAUUGUAUGCCUCAUUUGCUCAACAUGAUAGUGCAGCCAAGUAUUUUGAAAACUCUCUUCAACUUCUGCAGUCAAUUGGUCUUGGCGAUCACAAACUUGUGGCUUCUGUGAAUCAAAAUCUUGGUGCUGUAUAUAAUCAAAUUGGAGAGUAUAUGAAAUCUAUAGGAUAUCAUGAAAAAGCCAUUGACCUCUAUGGUGUUUUGUUGCUGAGAUAUGCUCAAGGCCAUUCAUUCAGCAAUCUAGGUUUUGCUUAUGGACAAUUAGGAGAAUUUGGCAAAUCUAAAGAGAAUUUUAACCAUGCCCUUCAAGCUGCCAAAGAUUCACAGGAUUACAAAGGACAAUGGCAAGCGUAUGAAGGUCUUUCAGCUAUAAACUUUCAUCAAAAGAACUAUGAAAAGGCUGUAGAUCUCCUCAAAACUGCCUUGACAAUUGUUCCUUACAGUGGGGUUGAAGACAAUGAAAAUGUGCAUGAAAGAAUAGUGCAAAAGUUAUCAAAUGCUUUAGAAGCUCAGCUAUUGCAUAAACAUGUGAACAAUGACCAUGAUGAGAUAGUGGGUGAUCCCCCAAGAUUACAACAAAAAGAAUUAAAGAUGAAAGAAAAAAAUAUUUUAAAUGUUGAUGUUCAUCCAAUAAAAGGACAUCAAGGAAGUGAAAAGAUUGCCCUAAGUGAUCAAAUAUUUUCCAAAAGUGAACCUUUGAAAGAUACUAAUGGCUAUCGAAAAAACUACAAUGAAAAUAUGAGAGAUAAUAGUGAGCUUUUGAGCAAUGGUAAUGCUAAUCAGUCAUCCACAAAAGUUGGUCAUGUGAGACCACGGGAAAAGAACCACAAGUUUAUUGCUAGGGGACUUCAUGUUGAUGAGACUUUCUCAGGUAAUGAACACUUAGAUGCUUCCACCUCACCAUUUGAUGCAAUAUCAAGUUAUUCUGGUCAUUCAUCAAGCAUUCUUGAGCAUGCCAGUGAUGCAGAUGAUGGAGCUCAAAAAGUUAGCCAACAUGAAAUACCAGCAGGAUCAAUGUCACUUCAGAAAGAGAAGAAAAAUAAGCUAAAUAACACAUAUGAACAGCCACAAGACAUCAUAAAUGCUAUAAAUAGUGAGGGGCAACAUCUACAUAAUUGUCCGCCGGGACCACGUGACAGCGUUCUUGCUUCAAUGAGUAAGAAAGUGGACAAGAAACAGGAAACCAUUCUACAAACUAAAAACACUAAGAAAACGAAAUCAACCGUUUGUGUUAUACAGUAAACAAUUUUUAUAACAGUAAUCAUGCUGUUGUCCUAAGUAUAUUUUAUUGUUAUAACAGUAUGUGUCGUUUAUCAAAUAUUCGUCAUUUUUGCCCUCGAUUCAUUACACUUACAGUAAAACGAA